CCUGCAUCCAUUCACUCUCCUUCUCAUAACAUGGUCGAAGUCAAGAACAAGGUCUGCCUCAUCGUACACGAUGGCUGGGGUAUCGCACCAGAGAAGGGCAUGAAGGGCGACGCGAUCGACGCCGGAAACACGACCAACAUGGACACAAUCGCGAAGGACCACAGCCAUCGCACCCUUCACGCACACGGUCUCGCCGUCGGUCUCAGCGAUGGGCUUAUGGGAAACUCAGAAGUAGGCCACCUGAACAUCGGUGCCGGGCGCAUCGUAUGGCAAGACAUCGUCCGGAUUGACGUGGCGAUCAAGAAGAGGCAAUUCCACAAGAACGAGAACAUCCUGGAGAGCUUUAACAGGGCCAAGAACGGCAACGGCCGUCUGCACCUUCUCGGUCUCGUCUCUGAUGGUGGCGUCCACUCGCAUAUAACCCACCUUUACGCCCUCCUGGAGACCGCCAAGGAGGUCGGCCUCAAGGAAGUGUACAUCCACUUCUUCGGUGAUGGCCGUGACACUGCACCCCGCUCUGCGGCUGGAUAUCUGAAGGAUCUCCUCGCCUUCAUUGAGAAGGAGAAGGUCGGUGAGGUCGCUACCAUCGUAGGCCGCUACUAUGCCAUGGACCGUGACAAGCGCUGGGAGCGUAUCAAGAUCGCGGUCGAUGGCCUUGUGAAGGGCGAGGGCGAGAAUGCCGAGGACCCCGUGAAGGCAAUUGAGGAGCACUACAAGAAGGACGAGACCGACGAGUUCUUGAAGCCCAUCAUCGUCAAUGGCGAUGCCGGCAGGAUCAAGGACGGCGACACCCUUUUCUUCUUCAACUACCGCUCCGACCGCAUGCGGGAGAUCGUCUCCGUCUUUGGUCUCCCCGACAAGCCCACGGAGGUCGAUGUCCCCAAGGACCUCCACAUCACCACCAUGUCGCGCUACAAUGCUGAAUUCCCCUUCAAAGUUGCCUUCCCCCCACAAGCGAUGACGAACGUCCUCGCCGAGUGGCUCUCCAAGCAGGGCGUCAAGCAGGCACACAUCGCCGAGACCGAGAAGUACGCGCACGUCACCUUUUUCUUCAACGGCGGCGUCGAGAAGCAGUUCGCCGACGAGGAGCGCCACAUGAUCCCCUCGCCCAAGGUCGCCACGUACGACAAGCAGCCGAAGAUGUCCGUCCACGGCGUCGCCGAAAAGGUCGCCGAGGUCGUUCGCGCCGGCACGCACGAGUUCGUCAUGUGCAACUUCGCGCCCCCAGACAUGGUCGGCCACACGGGCGUGUACGAGGCUGCUGUCGAGGCGAUCGGCCACACGGACGAGGCGGUCGGGAUCGUGUACAAGGCGUGCCAGGAGGCGGGCUACAUCCUGCUCAUCACCGCCGACCACGGGAACGCGGAGCAGAUGAUCAACCCCGAGACGGGCGCACCGCACACGGCACACACAACGAACCCGGUGCCGUUCAUCAUGACUGGUGACCCGAAGAAGUUCAAGUUCACCGAGGACAAGAAGGACGGGGAGGAAGAAGAGGGCGCGCUGGCGGACGUUGCGCCGACCGUGCUUGACAUAUUGGGUCUGCCCAAGCCCGAAGAGAUGACUGGACGCUCGCUCCUUGCGAAGUCCGAGUGAAUUGCGAUGUGACAUUGGACGGUAUUGAGAAGCAUAAAUAUCUUGUAAAACGAUUUAGAGGCAUGCGUCACCCGCGCAAUAUAUCAUUAGACAGUUCCAC